UAAGUGUAGUAUUUAAUGUAAAGAAAACGUGUAAGGCAUAUUAAUUUCUCAACAGGUUUUAUAGGUCGUUCAAAAGGUUUAACAAAAUGACCAACGAAAAAUAUCCAUAUGAAAUUAAAGUUGUGAAAAUGGAAGUAGAAGGAACUGCACAUAAGUUUCCAGUAAUCGUACGCGUUGGACCUAAGGGCUAUGUGUUUCCCGAAAAUUUUCAACAUGCAGCGGUAGACAUUUACAAUAUGGAAGUACGACCAAGUGACGUUUUUGUCGCCAGUUUCCCGAGAUCUGGAACUACGUGGACUCAGGAUAUGGUUUGGCUGAUAGUGUCGAAUUUAGACUACGAAAGAGCAUUGAAAGUACCACUAACAGAGCGAUAUGCUUUUCUUGAAUUUUUUUCAAAUUUUGAUGAUGAACUAAAAAAGAAAUUAUUCGACGCUAAAAAGGACGACGAGGCGAAGCUCAAAGAACUUGAACUUAUUUUAACACCGGCAACAGAGAUAUUAGAAACCACACCCUCUCCACGCUUUAUAAAGACUCACCUACCACUCUCCUUGAUGCCACGGAAGGCUCUUGAGGCCAAGGUAGUAUAUGUGGCAAGAGAUCCGCGGGAUGCGAUCGUCUCUUUGUAUCAUUUAGUAAAUUCAAUGAGAUUUAUGAACCUGGACGGAGAUUUUAAAGCAUUUUGGAAAACAGUUCUUAACAAUUCUCAACCCUGGACGCCAUAUUUCGAUCACGUUAAGGAGGCAUGGGAAAUGCGUCAUCACCCGAAUAUGCUGUUUUUAUUCUACGAAGACAUGAGAAAGGAUCUGCCUUCAGUUGUACGCCGUGUUUCACAUUUCUUUGGCAAAAAAUACAAUGAAGAAGAAAUAGCGCGGCUCUGUGACCAUCUCAGUUUUGAAAAUUUUAAGAAGAACCCUUCAGUUAAUUAUGAUCUUAUGAAGGAGCUUGGAUUUAUGUACGCCGAUAAAGAUUUUAUUAGAAAAGGAAAGUCAGGUGGUUGGCGUGAUUACUUUGAUGAGGAGAUGACAGCAGAAGCAGACAAAUGGAUUGAGGAAAAUUUACGUGACACAGACCUACGCUUUCCAAGCAUGCAAUGACUUUAAGUCGAAACAAUUGAGGACUAUAUUCACAUAAGAUAUAAAAUAUAAAAACAAUUAUUAUUACUGUAAAUAGUUAAUUUUUAUAUAAAAUUUGUUAACGAACUAUAAGUUGUCUGAUAUAUUUAUUUUACAUGUUACUGCUGGAAUGUUUUACGAUACGACGAUAUUUUUUUAAAUGCCAUUUAAUAGGUUUCUUAAUUGUUAGUUGACACGUUGUUGCUUUGUGAGAACAUAACGUUUAGAACUGGCCAGUUAGAAACAUUCUUAAUAAAAGCUUUUAUUAAAUUUCAAUUUAAGAACUCUUUGGUAGCAUAAUGUUAGUACUUAGUAUAGGCAUUGAAUUCAUUUGCCAUUUGUUUUUGUGAAUUGACGGCAAAUCUAAAACUAUGGACUAACUCAACAAAGCAAAUGAUGCGAUUACAUUAGAUAUAGAUUAUAUGCGAAAUAACCCCCCAAGAAAACUGCCGAUACCAUGACGUAAGGCUGAUGAUGUAAGGCCUUUUUGAAUAUUACAUUUAUACCAGACCCAGCUUGUUUCGAAUAAUAAUGUUCAUAAGGACAUAUAAUUAAUAUAUCUUGAGGUGUAUACAUUUUAAAAAGGAAAUAUAGUUUUUUAAUGAAGUUUCACACACGAUGUUCCGUAUUGAAAUGGUACCGCAUAUCCCGUGGUUGUUCUUAUAUCUAUCUCAAUAACAUCUAAUUGUCUUCUCAUUACCGGCAAAUAAUGUGGUGGUGAAAACAUAUGCAUUAUGCAGUAUAUUAUCAUACUUAGUUGGUGGCUGGUAUAUGGUUCUUAUACAUCAGUGUGGUGUCUUCGUUAUUGAUGGUAGUUUUUUUACUUAUGUACAUAAUAUUUUCAUGUUCUUGCACGGAUAGAGGUACAGUAGAGGGAUAUUGAAACUCAACUAUACCUACCAUCCAUUCUCCUUCUAAUGUAAUGGGUUUAGGUAGUUUUGUAGAAAAAUUUGACGUCAUAUUUCCCGGGAAAUAUUGUGUAGAAUUAUUGCUGAGUAAAGUU